UAUUUCGUAGAACAUGUGGAGAAGGCGAUAGCUAUCCCUGAUGAUGUCUUGAAAGCCCUUACGCCCGGAUCUUGUGAUUCGGAGCAAGUUAUUUGUCAGUUAAAAGAAAGUUUCCAAUUGGACCAGUCCUCUCUUGAACAGCCAGAUUGCCAAACUAAACAACUGAUUCGCUGUUUUGCAAGGAAAGCUAAGCUUUCAAACAGGGAUGAUGUCAUCAUUCAUCUAAGAGGAAUGACACCGGCUGGAACGACGGGUGUGUUUAUCAGUUUUAAUAAUUAAUAGACGACUCUCGGAGCACGAGUGUAUUUAAAUGCAUCCUCAGGCUUUUCUGUUGUAUCGGUUUUUUUUUAUAGUUUUUGUUUUGUUUUCCGCCUUCAAGAUAUGUGAAGUCAAUAUAUUAACCUGUAGGUACCGCAGUUACUUCCACUAGCCUGAGAGUGUUUAUGUAUCUGUUCAUAUACUUUCAAACUAUGGCUAGACCGAAAUGUUUUAACUUGUUUAUCAAAUUUUUUCCAGGUCCUUUGUUACGUGAAAAUCUUGAUGUGCGAAGAAUUUCUAUUCCUCUUGGAAGGGAGCUGACCAUCGCUUUAUCAGGUGGUAUGACUGAAAAAGCUUUCAGGCCCUGUCCACACGUAUCCGUUUUCAUUUAAAAACGCAACUUUUUCUUUACGGAUACGGCUGCCGUCCACACGUAUCCGAUGAAAAAGAUCAAUGAAAACGGAACUUUUCGAAAACCCUCUCCUGAGUGGAACUUUUUGAAAACGCUGUUUUCGCGUGUACGUGUGGACAAACGAAAGCGGAACUUUUCUAAAACCGCUGAGGACAAAAAAAAGUUCCAGUCACUUCCAAUCCGCUCCGCACAGUAUUAGAAACUUAUUGAAAGUGGCGGAAGGGCGCUUCCUUUUCUUGUCUUUUAUACCUGGGCUUAUUUCUAACCUAAUUGCUUGUUUUCAAGCAAAUUUAGCUUUGUUAAUUCUUCAAGCUGAUUAUUCCAGGAGGCGGCAGAACAUUAUCAGGUUACUUUCGCUACCGGUGUCAAGAGGGGGAAGGUUGGAUCUCCCUUUAGUUUGACUUUGUUUUUGCCCUUAUUUUGACAUUUUAAACUGUUUCUGCAACUUUAAAGAACGUCACAACAAUAUAAACCCACACCAAAGAAAUUCAAAGAUGGCGUCAAUUUAUUUUUUCGCGGGCUCAUAAUAGCGAAUACGUACGCGUCAAGCAUGCGCAGUCGGGUAAGUUAUCGUUUUCACAUCGAUUCAUCGUCUGCGUGUAAUCUCGACCCCACAGCUCUUCUGGGCAUGAAGGCCAAGGAGGAAGAGCGCUGGUGAACCCUGGAACAAGAUUGUCUCUGAUUGGUUUCAGCAAAAAACAAUAAGAGUGUUUCUGAUUGGUCCAUUCAAGUUCGUACGAGAGCGUGUGAACGUGCGGCGUGUCUGGCGUGUGAGCGGGUUUUUCCCUAGAAAUGUUGAAGUAAACACGCCCGGCCGAUUCUUGAUUUCAGCGAUUCCAAAACAACAUUUGCACAACUAAUUAGGCAGAAUAACUGGAUUCCCCAAUUUUCAAAUAAAAUACCUUCGCUACAUGUCGAAAAUUGACCAAGAAAAAGACUUGAAUGUGAAAAAUAGAAUAAAAAUACACCGACAUCUUUGCCAGCUAUAAUUUAAGAAGCAUGACACAUAACUGAUUUUUCUUCGACUGCCACGUUAUCGUAUUCACACGAAGUAGCCGAGUAUGAAUGAAAACUUUAGAUUCACGUCGUAAAUUGCCCAAAAACAGACUUGCAAGAGAAAAGUAAACAGAAAAAGUAAAUCGUUCCCUAAAGUGAUGCGUUUACAACGCGACGAGAUAUUUAUAGUUGUCUUCUUUUCCCACGAUAUCGCAUUUCAACUUAGCUUUAAGGGAGUGUUGAAUAUUCAUGAACAUAAAUAAAAGGACGAUAAAUUCUUAUUUUGGAAAGUUUUUUUUGAAUUUCCAUAUGUUUAUCUUAACAAGCCAUUCGGGUUUCACUUACCGCUUCGUGAAGUAGUCCACGCAAAUAUUUAAUCAACUGUCAAGCAUAUGCAAAUUUCAAAUCUCAAAUCUGUGAACUUUUAAUUUAACGGUAUUUUCUCAGCAGCUACCACAAGAGCCUUGGAUACCUGAAAAUUCCUUAAGGGCUCCGUUAAUUUCUUCAGUUCCAAUUCCGAAGCAGCACAAAACUUUCGCGAUGAAGUAGAUAUAAAAGAAGAAAAAAGUUUUUGUUGGAAUAAAAGAGCAUUCCCUGUGAGGCCCAAGGAACCAGAUUUUGGCUACGCCGGCCGGUCGUCACUUGUUUCCCGAGUUGACGUGCGCAUUCCCAAACCCGUAAGCACUGGGGUCGAGAAUGCGUAUACGUGUGGACGGGCGAAAACGCAACGAGUGGACGCAAAUUGUUUUGAAAACGGCGAAAAAAGUUUCGUUUUCCAAUGAAUACGGAUACGUGUGGACAGGGCUUCAGUUAUUGGCUAUGUCCACCAUUCCUGUUGUUUCUGGUAACUUUUAGCCACGCUCCAUGCACCUUAUAAAACGCAUUGUUCUUUACGCACAAUGCUUGCUUUAUAUUAACGAAUCCGAGCCACGCUCCAAGCACCUUAUAGUUAAAAACACAUUGUUCUUUAUGCACAAUGCUUACUUUAUAUUAACGACUCGAAGUAUUGAGCCAUUAGGUAAAUCAAAACUUAGGGUAAAAGGCAAUUAAGGCGAUAUCCACUUUUUCAGUACAAAAUGGAGACGCCUCUAAAGUAUGUUCACACGCAUUUUAGGGUAGACCGCGAGUAGUCGUCUUUCUUUCCUCAGAGUAGCCUGCCUAGCAUGGCGGUUUUAGUUGGGCGCGCAAAGUAAUAAAGGCAGGCGAGAGCAGAGAAAGCGCGCGCUUUGCGCACGUUUUUGCGGCUUCGCCGCUCAGUAGUGCUCUCGACAAAACCGCCGUGCUACGCAGGCUAUUCUCAGAGCCACACGCAAUGAGCGAAAGAGUCAAAUUGCAAAUUAAUCUUAAAAAUGGAGAAGAGAUUAAUUGGGGCGGGGAGAGAAAAAAAUUAGGUUAACUUUCCUUUCCCCUGUUCUUAUGCUACAGGAGACCAGUGGGAGAUUGUUGCUGAGAAACUGGGUUUAAGUCCACAAGAAAUUCGUUUUCUCGAUAAACGCAUACUGAACCCAGCUGAUGCUUUGAUUGGUUACAUCGCAAAUCAGCGUUACCUGUCUGUAGGGGAACUUUACGACGUUUUAUGCGACUGUGACCUACCUGUGGUGGCCGAUCUAUUGUAA